AUGAAGGACUAUGAUUGCACUAUCAAUUACCAUCUAGGGAAGGCCAAUGUUGUAGCUGAUGCGCUUAGUAGGAAAUCCCAAACAUUGUCACUUGCAUUAAUGGCAGUCAAUGAACAACUCGUCGAAGAGGCUAGAAGGUUGCACCUGGAGUUAUUGAUAGAGGGUGCCACCAUAUCAUUGGCAACGUUGAUGACACCUCUAUACUGGGACGAGGUUGGAGAGCGGUGUAUCUUGGGUCCAGAAUUGAUACGAGUCACAUGUGAAAAAGUGGAUGUGAUCAAGGAGCAAAUCAAGGUAUCUCAGUCUAGACAAAAGAUCUAUGUAGAUACAAGGCUGAAGGAUCUGGAGUUUAGUGUUGGAGAGAAGGUAUUUAUCCAGGUUUCACCGACCAAGGGAGUAAUGUGUUUCAACAAGAAAGGGAAGUUGAGUCUCAGGUUCAUCAGAUCGUAUGAGAUCUUAGUAAGGAUCAGACUUGUGGCAUAUAUGUUGGAACUGCCUCCAGCAUUGGCAGGUGUUCACGAUGUAUUCCACUUGUCUAUGUUGAGGAAGUACAUUCCUAACUUGACACAUGUUUUGACUUCCGAGUCAUCCGAACCAGUGGCGAACUUGGCUUAUGAAGAAGUUCGUGAAGAGAUCCUCAACUGUAAGGACCACAGUCUUUGCAACUACACUAUCUCCUUCAUUAAGGUGCGGUGGAGAAAUUGGAGAAAUCACUUGAAGCAAGAGGCAUCUUGGGAACGUGAAGAGGAGAUGCAGCCGAAGUAUCCUCACCUAUUUGGCUUAUCAGAUAUGCUGAAUUUCAUGGAAAAAAUUUCUUAA